UCUGUACCUAAGGUUUAAAAAAAAAACACUGGUGGCCUAAUACUAUUGGCCUGUACUGUAUUCACACACGCUCACACAUCUAACGAAUAUAGUUGUGCUUACGAAAGUUGUGAUUAAAAAACAUCCCUCACAGGCUGGUUGGCUCAUCAUCCUAUUCAGACUGUUCAAGCGUGUGGGUGGGCCCCACAGAUCGGUAUGCAACUAUAAACCGUGUUAUAAAGUGUUGGCUAUGGCCGGUGGCCCCAUAGGGUAGCAAUAAUUGGAUGUAAGGUUGUUCACGAAUGGCGGAAUUUUGGUCCGGGCUACAUCCGUGCCUCAUCACACACCAGAGACCCCCUCUGGUGAAUGAACAGGGCCUUGCGGUCUGUACACGAUUCUCCUUUAACUCAAUGUCUGUCUGAGCUUAACUGUUAUGCUGCCAGGUGUACAGAUGUAGUGACUGCACAUCAUGUGUUCCAGAGGCCAGUGUCCCCUGAAUUCAGGGAGGUGGUUGCAGCAAUGAGAACACUCAUCACUCAAGAAGUGGGCAUUCCAAACUGAGAGAGAAUAGGCAUGUCACACCAUGGAAGAUGAAAAAAGAAUAGAAUUUAGAAAAUGGGAAAUAAUUUGACAGCAUAUUUUCUUGCUGUUGCUGGCUGUUGAACAGACAGGUAUAGAAUUGAUUGUAUAGAACUACUGGUAAUGAUUGCUAACAGCUGCUGUGGUGAAAACAUGCACAGCUGAUUGGUUACGUUUCCAGUCAGGGUGGCCAAGCAGAGCGUACGCCAAAGAGGACCGGCUCAUUUGUACGUCUGUCAUUGGGCCACUGAGUUGCCAGUAUCAUUACGAGUCCUGGCUAUUUAACACUCCCUCUAUGUUAACAUUGUAUACUCCCAUUGAAAGAUUGCUGCUAACUUCUGUAUUUUGAUAACAGGCUAUCUGUGACCACGCCCCUGUACCAUAACUGACCCAAUGAGGGCCCGAGAAGGGACAAAAACAUGGGCUUGAAAUACCUCCUGAAAGUGUCUGUGGAAAAGGAACAAGCACUGGCAUGAACAAGCUUGCUUGGCAUUGGCACAGAGGUGGAAGUGGGGAUAUUGGGGUUGCGCAGACAGACAGGAGGGAGAGAAAGACGUCACGACGCAAUGGCCUGGUGGUCGUAGGUGUGCACUCCGCCAAGUUCCCCAACGAGAAGGUGCUGCGGAACGUGGAGAGCGCCGUUCUACGGUAUGACAUCACACACCCGGUGGUGAACGAUGGCGAGGCGCGGCUCUGGCAGGAGCUGGAGGUGUCCUGCUGGCCCACGCUGGCCAUCCUGGGCCCACGAGGGAACCUGCUCUUCUCCUUGGUGGGGGAGGGGCACCGCGAGAGGCUCUUCCUGUUUGCGGCCGCUGCACUGAAGCACUAUGGCACGAAGGGGGAGCUGAGGGACAGGGACAUAGGCAUCCGGCUCUACCGCGACUCCCUCCCCCCCUCCAUCCUCUCCUUCCCGGGGAAGGUGACCGUGGACCGCUCUGGGAAAAGUCUGGUCGUCGCAGAUACGGGACAUCACAGGGUUCUCGUGCUGUCCACUACUGGACAAGUGCUCCACACUAUUGGCGGUCCAGGGAGUGGAUGGAAAGAUGGACACAUUUCUGAAGCCUUGUUCAGUGCCCCCCAGGGUGUGGCCAUGAAGGGAGAGACGGUUUACAUCGCAGAUACAGAGAACCACCUUAUCAGAAAGAUUGACUUAUCAGAAGGGCGGGUCAGUACCCUGGCUGGGAUGGGAGUGCAGGGCACAGAUAAGGAAGGAGGAGGGAUGGGACCCCAGCAGCCAAUCAGCUCUCCCUGGGACCUGGCCUUGGGAACUGCAGGUGGCGAGGAAGACAACGUGCUUUGGAUAGCCAUGGCUGGCACACAUCAGAUCUGGGCUAUGUUUUUGGAGGAUGGGAAGCUGCCCAAGGGAAGCGAGUGUAAGAAAGGCACGUGCAUCCGCUUCGCGGGCAGCGGUAACGAGGAGAACCGGAACAACGCGUACCCCCACAAGGCGGGCCUGGCCCAGCCCUCGGGCCUGUCCUUGGCCCCAACGGAGCCCUGGAGCUGCCUGUACGUAGCCGACAGUGAGAGCAGCACCGUCAGGACCGUGUCCCUGAAGGAUGGUGCCGUCAAGCACCUGGUGGGGGGCGAGCGGGAUCCUCUGAACCUGUUUGCCUUUGGGGAUGUGGACGGAUCAGGGAUAAACGCCAAGCUCCAGCACCCUCUGGGUGUCGCCUGGAACCCUCACAACGGGCUUCUGUACGUGGCCGACUCCUACAACCACAAGAUCAAGGUGGUGGACCCGAAAUCCAAGCAGUGUGGCGUUCUGGCGGGCUCCGGAAUGGCCGGCGACUCCCUCGAACCCGGGUUCGACCGGGCCACCUUCAAUGAGCCAGGAGGUCUAUGCGUGGGAGAAUCUGGGGCCGUGCUGUACGUCGCGGACACAAACAAUCACCGAAUCAAAGUCCUGGACCUGGAGGCCCAUACGGUGUCACUGCUACCAGUCAUGGCCCAAGAUGUACCGGACGCGCCGACUGCAUCGUCCGCCGCCGCAGCCCCAAGGAAGAUUCCCAAAUUGCCCAAAUCUGCCGCCAGGGUGGAGGCACCAACGCUGGCAGUGUCCCCAGGCCAGACCGUGUGCGUGGACCUGGUCCUGUCCUUGCCGGACGGCACCAAGCUGACCCAGGAAGCACCCAGUUUCUGGGCCAUGUCCUCAGAAGGUAACGAGUGGCUGCUCAAGGGUCAGUGCCCAAUCGGAGACAUCGUAGAUGUUUCCCGACCCCUGACCAUCACGGCCACGGUCCCGUCUAACGUGCAGUCGCCUGACCCCACCCUGACCGUGGACGCCUACGUGUACUUCUGCAGCGCUGGGGGCGGGGCCUGCAUGAUGAGGGCGGUGUCUUUCAGGCAGCCCCUGAGCAUCGACCACGCCCCCAAAGACGGUGUGGUCAGCGUGACCAUGUCUCACUCCUUCUGACCAUUGCGGUGUCUUGAGCGGAGCCAAACACCACCCCACCCCCCUGGGCUUUGCAGCCUACACGCAUCACUCGUUUGGCCACGGGCAGCACACACAACAUACCGCCAGAAAUGUUAACUCUUUGCUUUGCCAUUUGACUGCUGUGCAGAAACACAAGGAUUCCAGUCUGUCCGGUUUGAUGCCCACGUGUCAGGUGAAAGGUUGACACGUCGGCACAGCAUGUGGAUUUCCUGGGGCCCCCACAUUCUCAGGGGUUGCAGUUGCGUGUUUUUUUUUUUUUUUUACCAAAGGACCCCCGUGCUUCUUAGUGACUCUAUAUAACUGAGGGACAGUCAAAAGCCCCAGGAACAGGACAGUUUAUGUUUAUUACUUAUUUGGAUGCUACUGACUUUCAUUAUGCAUUAUUUGAUAACCCAGUGCUCAUUGUUGCAUAAAAUCGUCCUGGCAGUCAGUAGGGUACCCGCUAGAAAAUUGAUCUUCAUUUCUGGUCCUGGAGAGCUGCGGAGUCAGCUGGUUUUUGUUUUCACCUUAAUAUCAGCAAUCAGUUCAGGCCCAAGAAACCAGGUGAAGUGAGUUACCUUUGUAAUCGACUGCUUUAAUUGAUAAAUUAAGUGCCAAAUAGGAAUAAAAGCCCUCAGACCAUGCGGCCCUCCAGGACCAGGAAUGAAGGUGACUGCACGCGAGUUCCCUUUUGGCCUUAGCAUCGCAUGCCUGCAGUCUGCCUGCCAGAUGCACAGGAUGUGUUCUCUGACGCAAUGACUGCGUAGCUCAGCUGGUGGGCCGCAGAGUGAAAGCUGGCGACACCUGCAUUUGCGAGUUUCAGCGGAGAGCAUGUAGCGGUCUGCCUGCUCAAAUUCACCGAAGACCUCGCUGUGACUGAAUGUGCUUACACUUGCAAUUGGGCUUUCAAAAUGGAGAAAUUAAAAAGUGAACGAAAAGAAGUGCUUUUAAUACCUUCUAAGUACGUUUGAUGUAAUGCAGUUGAUGCUUCCUAUAAACAACACUGUGCACUGUUUUGUUCAUUUCUUUUGAAGAAGUUUGGUGCCUUUGAGGGGGGUGGGGGAUUGUGUCGGGUAUUGAAAGAUGUCUUCACAGUAAUUAGUCACAAGGGGUGGGGUAGGGUGGUGUACAGUUUAGGGGUCACAUUUCCAUGGGGCCUUUGGCUGGUCCUCCUGUCUAAAACGUUUCCUCUGUUUACAUCAGAAUUUACAUGGUUUUGGCCUCUCGUCCACUCUGGAUACCCGGAGCUGUGGACAGACCUUACCAGACUCAGUCAUACUCUGAGAUCUGGACAGACUGUUCUAGGGUCAGCUUUUACCUCAUUGUCAGAUGAGACCAAUGUGUGUGCAAGCACAGAACAAAGUGCCUGAGACUGACCUGAGAACAGUCUUCUGCGUGCUAAGAGCUUUUCUUCUGUGUUGUCUUCUUGCCGUGUUAAUGUGUAUUAAAUCUAAUGCAGGGUCCCCAUGAAGCCUUCAUAAAAUUUAAUGGUAUAAAUUAUUUUAUUUUUGGCCGUUCAGGGACUUUUACUUAUAACCAGUUGGUUGCUGGUUCAAGUCCUAGGUUUUGCAAUGGAAUAUGAAAAAAUUGUAAUAUUUGUUACGAUAAAAUUAGGACCUUGGGGAAUCUCUUAAAUUGUGUGAUGUGAUACUGUUUUUUGUUUUCUUUGUUUAUGUACGUACUGUGGGUAUUAUACCAUAAUGUAGGCAUGUUAUCUUGGUUUUAUUUUGUUUCAUUUCUUUAGUUGUGUGAAUUUUAGGCAGACUAGCAAAGUUUUUCUGCCUACAAUGGCUACACCUGAAAUUGAAACUACACCUACACAUGUUUUUGUUUCGUAUCCUCAUCAAAUUCAUGUUGAUUUCCUCCUGCAUACGAUUAAAAGAAUCAGGGGAGGUAGUCCUCUACAAGUUUUGGAUUCAGGGAAGAUUUUGGUUUAACAGAAAAUGAGUUUAAUCCUGCAAAGAAUGUGGGUUCUCAAGUUUUCUGUUGAGUUGAGUUCUUGGUUAUUAUUAUGCCCUCUCCAAUACUGUAGGUCAUCAUGUCUCCCUGUAAGAUGUGCUCUGGCACCUGAGAGAUUACUUAAAUAUUUAUUGUAAUAUGUGCUUUACCUAGAUUUGGAUAUUAAUAUCUGAUGUACUGGCAGGCACUAUGCUGAAUACUGUAACAUUCAUUGCUAUUUGCACCUGCUUUUAUAUUCACUGAACUCAAAGUUUUUAAAAGAAGUGUGCACAUUCUUACUAAAAUUAUGAAAUUCUGCACUUUUUGCAGUGUAAUAAUAAAGCUUGUAUUUUAUCUGUAAA